GGAAAUCUCUCAUAAACCCGGCCAAUUAGCAUUACCAAAAGACUGUAAUGUAAAGUGGAGAACAAAUUUCGCUCCUUUUUGAAUAGUGAUUCUACAUCGAACGCCCAACCUUGCACUACCUCUUCCAGAUCAAUCCAGCUUUAUGUUCUCUGGUCAAGAAUCGGGCUUCGGCCUUCUACAUGCUCCCAUAAAAAUCUGUUCGCGUUGUCGGAGACAGUUCCGCCGGAGGCACACUUGUCCUAAGAAACGGCCAGAACACCGGUCGCCUUGGAUAGGGCGGGGUAGCAACCCCAUAGCUGGGAUGUCGGAUGCCAACUCAGCUACAAACCCGGACGAUUCGGCUCUGGGCGCGCAAAUCGACGGCGAUACUGCGGAUACACGAGGUAUCUACUCGACUCUGUCUCACACUCGUCGCCCAUAUAGUGGGUUGUCGCCGGCACCGGCGUAUGGACUGGAUUCCGGUCCAAUUCCCAACACGUUCCACUACGACGACUCGGCUGGAUUGCUAAAGUUAUUGGUGUUCUUGGGCGGGAACGUGAGUUGGAAAUUCUUGGAACGAUUACGUGAAGACAAGGUGACUUGGGGAAUCCGUGGCGACAUCCAGCUCCAGCACCCACGAAAUAUUCCAGUGGUUGCGGAUAAGGGUUGUUACGGCUAGUUACUGCAUGCAAAGGGCGAGGCCUUCGCUCAGUAUAUCUAUUGAACUGAAGACAAUCAACUGUACAGAAGAAAAGAGGAAUCGGUGCGACAGCUCUGGUGGGCAGGGCUUUUGAGGGCUAGCCCCACAGUCCUGAUUUGGCCAUGAUUGG